AUGUCCAAACGCAAAUAUAAAACGUUAUCAGUAUCUGAAAAAGUAAAACUUCUAUCACAUUAUGAUUGUGGAAAGUCGCGUGAUGAACUAAUUAUUAACAACAAAGAGAAAAUUCGGUCUCAGUGUAUUGAUGGAAAAGGAAAACUCAAACGAAUACGAGCUGCAGAGUAUCCUGAAGUUGAAAAGUGUCUCUGUACAUGGAUAAAGCAGGUACGGAAUAAUAACAUUCCAAUAAGCACACCAAUGAUCAAAGAGAAAGCUCAAGAAUUUGCAAGUAAGCUCCAUAUUGAUAAUUUUUCUGGCAGUAAUGGGUGGUUGGAGGGAUUUAAGAAAAGAAACAAUAUCGCAUUCAAAAAUGUUUGUGGCGAGAGCAAUUCUGUGGAAAAUAACGAAUGUAAUGAGUGGAUUAAAAACCUUCUAGCUUUAUUACACGAUUAUUCCCCCGAUGACGUAUUCAACGCCGAUGAAGCAGGCUUAUUCUACAAGUGUCUACCGGAUAAAACAUUUACGUUCAAAGGUCAGUCUUGCCAUGGUGGUAAAUUGAGUAAAGAUCGGGUCACUGUACUUAAGAAUAAAAGUCCAGAAAUCAACAUCCUCCAGGCCAUGAGAUUUGCAAGAAAACCUUGGUUUUCUGUUAGCAAAACCACAAUUAGUAAUUGCUUCCAAAGAGCUGGAUUCAAAGUGACCAAUGUAUCUGAACCUGAGAGCCUACAAGAGGAGCUAGAGAUUUGUGCAGCGUUUCCAGAAUGGGAUAGAAUAUUUACCACAUGUAGGAAUGACUUAAAUGAACAGCAGGAGAUUUGUGCAGCGUUUCCAGAAUGGGAUAGAAUAUUUACCACAUGUAGGAAUGACUUAAAUGAGCAGCAGGUGACUUUUCAGGAUUUCGUUUCUAUGGAUGUACUCAUUGAAGAGGAGCUCAAUGAUGUUGACAUAGUUUCUAUGUAUUCUUCUUUGGACACAGAAGAAGAAGAAGACUGUGAAGAGACUCCAAUUAUAGCUACGCAACCAAAGUUGCCUUUUAAACGAGAAGGCGUGGGAAAAAAGAAAAAAGAAGCUAGGCUAGCAUUAUUCACAGCGGCACAUACCAGCCUACGUGUAGUAGAUCAUAUGAGAGAAGUGGUUAAUCACAUUCACAUGCACAAAGAGGACGAAACAUUGAAAUAG